CAGAACAAACUCGAGGUCAUUAUGUAACAAAGUGGUCCAUGAUUCAGACCAAAGCAAACGAUCUACAGGUGUGUGAUGUAUCAAAGGGGCGUAAAGAUGGCUGCUGUUGGGGAACCUCAGUCUGCUUUAUUGGGUGUCUUUGACUUCUGCUUUUGUUGCCGUGGUAACAGGUGUUUAUAUCGAUUGCUUGUUCCAGGAUCAGAUCAAGUUAUAAAAUCUGUUCAGUAAUUCUGGAUGUCAUAAAUUCACGGGAAGGAAACUGUCAUGACCUUUGUUUUCUUUGUUCACAGAGCGAAACGCGUCGACCAAUCUCGUCUAGCAGCUCGCCAGCCUCCUCUGUGAGCGUGUGUGUGUCUGUCUGUGUAAGUGUGUGUGUGAGGUCAUGUCAGGCAUGACCAGCGGCGUGUGUGUGGAGAGCGACCUCUCCUCGAUGCUCCAGAGAAGCUCCGCCUCCUCCCACCAUCACCCAAAUCACCACGGUUACAGCGGACAGGGACAGGUGACGGGUCUCGCUCCAAUGUUGGACUACACCUCAGAGAUGGAUCGUUAUCGUUCGUCCAUCGCCAGUUUUUAUAAGACGAACGUCAACAUGAACAUGAAUGUCACAAACUUUCCUCAGUCCGCCAAACUGGCGGCCCGUUUGGCGGCCGCCGCCCCCAUCUUUCCUCCUUCAGCCGCCAGGCUGGGCGCCAUGGCGACCGGACCCUGGGGCUGCCACGAAAACAUGAACCACCCGGCAGCCAUGUUCUGGGGCCGACCCAAACCCGUAGCGACGGCGCCUACGCAUCACCACCACCACCACCACCAUCACCCGACGGCAACAACGGGUCAUAUGACCUCCUCCCACCCCCACGGUACCAGCAUGCACCAGGGCGGCGGGGGGUCAGGAGGGGGAGGGGGUGGAGGGGGCAGUGAGGGGGGGAGAGCUGAGAAACACGGACACACUGCCCCCUCACUUCCUGUCACACAGGGAACAUCACAUCAUCACGCCAUGGCGCAUAGCAACGGGAACUUCCUGCCGGGUUACGGAAGCGGCGCGGACUGUGGCGUUAUGAACAAACAAGGACACGCCCACCCAGACAUGAUGGGCCUAUCAGACGGUGGGAAUUGCAAUGGGGGAGGGGUGAUGGGGGGUAGCUUUCUAGGGGGACUUGGAUUACCUCCAGGGGUCAUUGUCAUGGCAAUGGGGUCAGCAGGGGGCGGGAUAACGGAUGCCGGCAGCGCCUUCCAGAUGACGAGCGGCCAGCGGGCGCUAACGGACUGCCAGCAGCACGCAAACUCCUCCCCCUGCCCGUCCUCCUCCUCACCGUCAUCGUCAGGGGUGACGGCAGGAGGCGUGGCCUUGUCAUCGUCGUCCUCCUCGUCGUCGGGUGCGGUGGCGAAAAGGAAGAGGAAGCGGUGUGGCGUGUGCGGGCCGUGCAGGCGACUCAUCAACUGCGGCGUCUGCUCGUCCUGCCGCAACAGGAAGACGGGUCACCAGAUCUGCAAGUUCAGGAAGUGUGAAGAGCUGAAGAAGAAACCAGGGGGAGGAGGGGGGGUGCUGGAGCGGCCGCCCUCCGUCCCGACUGGCGAGGCGUUUCGUUGGUUCUUCUAACCCUCCCUCUGCGAGCCGAGGGCGGAGGGAGCUAGAGGUCAGGAAGCUUCGGUCACAAACUGGACUUGAAUAAACUCAGAACAAGAACUACAAGUCCUGGAACUUAAACCAGACGCUUAGCAACGGGAUUACAACUUUCAUACUGUGUGGACGACAAUUUCAGACUCCAAAUCAUCACCUCAGCUGGAACAGGGAACGCCGCUCAGAGGCGGAGGAAGAGCAGAUGGUUUGAUCACAGGAUACAAGAACCCGGCCUAUCAGAAUUAAGUGUCAUGAUGCCACGACUGCACAUUUUCCUGAACCUUUGGCAGGUAAAUUCAAAACUCACCCACCUUGAUACCUAGUUUGAAUAAUAAAACGUGUCACCUUCAAACUGA